GCUUGCACCACCUUUGAAGAGUCAUGUCAGGAGGUUCUUCAUUUGAUGGACCUCGAGACUUCACAGCGACUUUUUGAUUAUAUAUCCGCUUCCUAACUGGUAGAAAAUAUGUUCACAGACUUUGUAAUUUUGUGUGUGAUUUUAUUCGAUGCCUUGCACCUCGGUUCAUCGUUGGAAUUACGUCUUGGCAUGCCUAAUGUUUGCGCUGACCGGGAGAUGUCUAUUUUGGUGGCCCCUCAGCCUUGUGUUCAGGCUUUUACGCGCAUGAUGAAAGUGUGGAGGCAGGGCUGCACAGGCCACAGAUGGUGUAUGGGUUACGAGAGGAGGACAACUUACUUCACAACAUACAGACAGGUGUACAGGACAGAUGUCCAUAGAGUUUUUAAGUGUUGCCCUGGCUGGACUCAAAGGGAUGGAGAAUCAGGCUGUCUGCAUAGGGUAUGCAGUGCCAAUAUGUGUUUUAAUGGAGGUCGAUGUGCAGAGAAUGGAGACGACAUCUGCCAUUGUCCAGAAGGCUUCAAAGGGACAAGAUGCCAGUAUGAUGUUAAUGAAUGUGAAGUGGACAAAGCAGGCUGUGAAGGAUACUGUUGCAAUACCAUUGGCAGCUACUACUGCAAGUGUCCUGAGGGCAGUAAGCUGGGCCCAGAUGGCAAAUCAUGUCAAGAUGUGAAUGAGUGCGCAGAUCUCAACGGAGGAUGCCAGCAGAUGUGUGUCAACACACUAGGCUCCUAUCACUGUGAGUGCGGUGAAGGAUUCCGCAUGCAUACUGAUGGUCGGACAUGCAUUGCUGUAAACUCUUGCUCGGUGUUAAAUGGUGGUUGUGAACAUAAGUGUGUGGACAUGGGGAAUAAUCACUACAAAUGUGAAUGCCGAAAGAAGUACAAGCUGAAGACGGACGGGAGACACUGUGAAUUGAGGGAUGCCUGUGAGGAGAGUAAUGGCGGCUGUGCCCAGCUGUGUCUCGCUGCAGGUGACCAAGUUCAGUGCAGCUGUCACCCUGGUUUUACUGUGGUUGAAGAUGGCAAGAACUGCGAAGACAUUGAUGAGUGCAGUUCAGGUCGUGACAAGUGCUCCCACGGAUGUGUCAACACGCAGGGCUCCUUUCGAUGUGUGUGUCAUCCGGGCUUUGAGCUUGGUGCAGAUGGAAAACAGUGCUACCGCAUUGAGAUGGAGAUUGUUAACAGCUGUGAGAAGAAUAAUGGUGGUUGCUCUCAUCAGUGUGAGCACACAACCAACGGGCCCCACUGCUCCUGCCAUCAGGGCUACCAGCUCGACCAGGACAGGAAGACCUGUGUAGACAGUGAUGAGUGUGUCAACGGGGAAUCUUGCUGCAGUCACUUCUGCAGAAACUAUCCAGGCGGCUACGAAUGCAGCUGUAGAGCCGGCCACACACCAAAUCCAGAUGGCUGCAGUUGCGACGACAUCGAUGAGUGUCUGGCGGAGACGUCAGGCUGCGACCAUGACUGUGUCAACACCCUGGGAACAUAUGAGUGUUUUUGUCGACAGGGUUUCCGCUUGGAUCAGGAUCAGCACACCUGCAUCUCUUUGUACGACGGAGAAUUGGAGGAAGAUGAGGAGGAAGAGGAAGAAGAUGAAGAGAAGCUGGAAGUCUACAGGUUACCGCAGCUGCUCUUUCGCAAAGUUCCUCAGCUUCUCCACUACACUGCAGCAUUGCAUUCCCGCUACGGCAGUGAUAAUCAUCAUACUGGUGUCCCCGAUGAAGAGUUUGGGAGCCUCGAUGAACAACUAGAAGAAUUUCGAUUUGACAGCCAAAUUGUAUGUUUGGAUAACUCUUUUGGGGAGGAUUGCAGUUGGAGAUGUGAAGACUGCGCGAAUGGAGUCUGUGGUGAAAAUAAAGAUCGCUGUGAAUGUUCACCUGGAUGGGUUGGCAUUAUCUGCAAUGAGACUUGUCCGCAGGGGACUUAUGGGCACGCCUGUAACAGUCUGUGCCAAUGUAAGAAUGGAGGCACAUGUGACUCUGUGACUGGGAAGUGUUUGUGCCCCCCUGGGGUAAAAGGUCUACUCUGCGAGGAUGGCUGUCCAAGGGGCUAUUUUGGAAGCCAUUGCAUGAGGAAGUGCAACUGUCCAAACAAUGGCCACUGCCAUCGUGUGUACGGAGCUUGUCUAUGUUCCCCUGGAUUAUAUGGUCGACGCUGCCAUUUGCCUUGCCCCAGGUGGACGCACGGCCCUAGCUGUUCGAAGGAAUGUGACUGUGUUCAAGAACAUUCCACUGGCUGUGACCCCAAGAUGGGGAGCUGUGUCUGUAAGCCUGCAUACCACGGCCCGCAAUGUGAGAAAGAAUGUGAGCGCGGCUUCUUUGGUGCUGGCUGCAAGCGGCCAUGUGACUGCCCAGGUGGAGGGUCAUGUGACCCUAGGACUGGCGAAUGCAGCCCGGGAUGUCCUGCAGGCCUCCAUGGAGAGAAAUGUCAGCUGGUGUGUGACUCUGGUUCUUGGGGUCCAGGAUGCAUCAGUAAAUGCCUGUGCCAAGACAAGUCUCUGGGCUGUGACCCUGUGACUGGUCAGUGCGUGUGUGAGGCCGGCUAUACUGGAGACAAAUGUGAAGAAACAUGUCCUGUGGGACAAUAUGGAGAGAACUGUUCUGGUCAAUGUCUGUGUCAAAAUGGAGGCUCCUGUGACAGCGUGUCGGGCCAGUGCUCCUGCCUUGCUGGCUGGGCAGGAACUACUUGUGAGUUAGAGUGCAAGGUAGGACGGGAUGGAGACAACUGCACUGGUAUCUGUAGCUGCAUGAAUGGAGGGAUAUGUCAUAGGGAGACAGGAAAGUGUGUCUGUCUGCCUGGCUGGACAGGACAGCUCUGUGAAUCAACGUGUUCUGAGGGAUUCUUCGGUGAGGCCUGCGAGCAGAAGUGUGACUGUGUCCAUAGCUCAAAUUGCCACCACGUGAAGGGCCACUGCCAAUGUGAACCUGGCUGGAGUGGAGCCAAGUGUGACAAACCUUGUCUCAUGGGGUUCUAUGGCGCUUCCUGUGCCCAGCGAUGUGAGUGCCAGGCUGGGGUGUCAUGUCACCAUGAGACAGGGGUCUGUGGCUGCCCUGCUGGACGCACAGGGCCCCGCUGUGAGAAAAGAUGUCGCUCGGGAAGCUAUGGACCAAACUGCAAGUCUCGAUGCCGCUGUCUUAAUGGUGGCCGCUGUGACUCCAGGACAGGAGCUUGCCACUGUCCUCCAGGCUUCAUUGGAGCGGACUGCAGCUCACGCUGCCCGAGUGGGUACUAUGGCAAAGACUGUGCUAAACUGUGCUCCUGUGGGGAAGAUGGUCAGUGCCACCCAACUAACGGAAGGUGUAUUUGUGCUGCUGGAAGAAUGGGACCGUCCUGUCAAGUGUGUCCCAAGGGACUUUACGGCCUGCAAUGCCGGAACAUAUGCAGAUGUCUAAAUGGAGGUCUGUGUGAUCCUGUUGAUGGCACAUGCAAAUGUGGCCUUGGCUGGACCGGAUCAUACUGUGACACAGCCUGUUUACAGGGAAAAUAUGGGCUGGAUUGUUCUCAAGACUGUCCUUGCAACAAUGGGGGGUCCUGCGACCGCUUUAUCGGCACCUGCAACUGUACUGCUGGAUACUACGGCCACUCUUGUCAACACAAAUGCCCACUUGGAUUUUUUGGCGUGAAUUGCGUCCAUACGUGUGAUUGUAAAGUGGGGCAGACGUGUGAUCCAGUGACAGGACAAUGUGCAUGUCCACCAGGAUACUGUGGGCUUCAGUGCCAAAGACGGUGCGAAGUUGGCAGGUUUGGACACGAGUGUGAAAAGUCAUGCGACUGUGCAGGUGACUCACCGUGUGACCCAGCCACUGGACGCUGCCUGUGUUCCCCAGGAAGGACUGGACAGAGAUGUGAAGAAGACUGCGGUGGUGACCGAUUUGGCCCAGAUUGCGCUUUUCCUUGCCAGUGUUCUCACAGGGCUCGCUGUGAUGGGGUGACUGGGCGCUGUCAAUGCCCACUCACCUGGCUGGGACCAACUUGCGCUGAAGCACUGCUUCACCAGACACCAGGACAGCUGAACUUUUCUGCGUCCCAGAGAAAGAGAAGAGCGGGCGGUAAAACCACAUAAACCCGGCAUUAAAAUACGCAACCUGGCUCUUGGAAACUUUACAUAGGUCAUCUUGGUAAAGGUGAUCUGGUAUUACUGUGUAUUGUGGGACUCAGUGGCACUCCAUCACUGAACCUGGAGCUCAAAAUACUCAAUCAACCACUAAACCUGAAAUGUGAGCCGGACUCAGAGAAACAUAAAGUGUACCCUGCAAGGGAUACUGGAUGUUUAUUUGGAUAAUCUAAUAAUAUUGAUGACAGGGCAUCAUUACAUUCUAACACAUUUUAAACCCAAUCAGCUGUGAUGGGUUCCAGCUCAGUGCAACUGAUUUGUGAUUUAUGAUUUUAGUAUUUAUUUCAGCACAUUUGUAGUGCAGUCAGUAUGCAACCAAUUUGGAAUUUUGUUCAUGUCAGUAGUAGACGGGAAGAACGUAUUUCACGAACAACUUCAAUUUCCUCCCUGAAGACAAAUUCAAACUUGGUGUUUCUCUGUGCACACAUCACUUGGCAGUACUAUAAAAUUGCACUGCUUCAUGCUGAGAGGUGUUUCUGAAAUUUUGUUUACCUACUGUAAUUUAACUAUAUGAAAAUAAUAUGCAAUGUGUGUAUAUGUGCACAGGCAGAUAUAUAUAUUAUAAAUCCCAUUGCAUAUACACUAGCUUUCUGUGUUUGGUUCUCUAUUUGAUUAAACAGUAUUGCAUUUUUGCAUUUUGUUGUAGCAUGUAAUUUUUGGAGUUCUUUGGGAAACGUUCUUUUUAAUUCUCAUUUUAGCAAUUGUCAUUUAACCAGUCAUUUUUGCAAAACGCUUUUCUGCUAUGUUUUUCUUUUUUGUUUUAAUAUCUGACAGAAAAAAAUAAGCAGGACCGAAACUCUGCUGUUGGCAUUCUGAAAAUAUGUCAGGGCCUUUCUUGUUAUUACAUGCAAACUAUUUUGUCAAUUCAGAGCUUAAUGGAAAUGACAGCAUUGACCAGUGUAAAUAUCAGACAAUAGUUUGACCGGAAAAUGUUUUUUUUGCUGUUUUGUUUGCCUGAAGGCAUAUCUCAUGUUGGUGGUGCUAUGCGCAAUCUAUCGUGUUUGAACAGAAUGUAUUCAUUGAAACAGUUUCUUGAGCAUUUUCAUAAAAAAAAAUUGGAAAUGUGGUACCUCCUAAUGACCCAAACUUUCUGAAAUAUACAUUAAAAUAUACUGCCAAAGCAUCAACAUUAGUUAAUGAUGAAAACAGAGAGGACACUUUACAAUAAGGUACUCAAAAACCUACCUAACCCUAACCACUACUCAUUAGUUACUCAAUAGUUUUUCAUUAGUUCCUCAGUAACUAAGUCUAAAUUUCUGUGCCUACGUCAUUAGUUGCUUAUUAGUUCUUUAGUUCCGCAGUAGCUACUCUAAAUUUAUGUGCCUUAGUUCCACAGUAACUACUCUACUCAUUAGUUCCUCAGUAACUAGUCUAAAAUAAUGUGCCUUCGUCAUUAGUUGCUUAUUAGUUCCUCAGUAGCUACUCUAUUUAUGUGUACCUUAUUUUAAAGUGUGACCCAUUCAUUACUACUUGAAUCAAAAAGUUCACCGUAUGCCUGCAUUAGUGUUUCAGUGUGUCGCACUGUGUGUCCUGAGUGAAAUUCCCCUACCUGUUAACAUUUGCAUUUGACAAUGAAGGGCAUUUUUUUUGGAAAAUGAAAGA